AUGCUGCCUAAUGGCUCAGGGGGCUUUCGGCCCCCGCCCCCUGGGGGUUCUGGAGUGCAUCCUGGACCUCCCCAGGUCCACCCGUGUCCGCCGACUGGGCAUCUUCCUCCCGGGUUGCUGCCGCCACCUCCGGGGUUCCCUUUGGGCUUCCCGGGGUCACUUGGCCCGCCGUCUUCGUCGGCCCACCCCGGCGGUCUCUUUGUCCCUCCACAGGUGCCCCCCGCACCCGCUGCGUCGUCUCUGCCAAACGCCCCGUCUCAACGCCUCCCUCCUGGCGGCAUGUUCAUGCCGCCUCCAGGCUUCGCAGGCUUCCAACAGCCCCAGACCGGCGCGACUCGCCCGCUCCACAUGUCCCCGCACGCCCAGACGCCGGCCGGUCGAGGACCUGGAGGCCCGGGGCCCUCUGGGCACAAGGGCGUUCCGGGGCACGGCCCUGGCGCUUCUGCCUCGCCCGGCUUGAGUGGCGCGAGUCCGAGCCCGCCAGGCGGGGCAGGGAAGUCUCCGUUCUACGGCAAGGACACCCGCAAACUCGAGGGACCGUCCUCGUCGUUCCCCACUGGAGCGCCGACCAAGGGCGAGAGCGGUCACGGCCCUGCGCACCCGUCUGUCUUUGCGCGCUACCCGCCGCCGCUCCCCGGCCCGGGCCACGGCCUGGCUGGAGGCCCUCCGAAGGAGGUCAGGCCGAAGAUCAAGUCGGCGGAAGAGUUGCUGGCGGAGAAGGCGCGAAAAUGGCAACAACUGAACACGAAGCGUUACGGGGAGAAGUCGAAGUUGGCGGGUGCGGGCCAGGACACGACGAAGGAGGAGAUGCCUCCGGAGCAUCUGCGUAAGCUGAUCAAGGACCACGGGGACAUGACGAGCAAAAAGUUCCGGCACGACAAGCGCGUCUACCUCGGCGCGCUCAAGUACGUUCCGCAUGCAGUCUACAAGUUGCUUGAGAACAUGCCGAUGCCCUGGGAGCAGGUCCGAAACGUGGCAGUCCUGUACCACAUCACUGGCGCCAUCACGUUCGUGAACGAAAUCCCCUGGGUAGUCGAGCCGAUAUACCUGGCCCAAUGGGGCACGAUGUGGAUCAUGAUGCGGCGCGAGAAGCGCGAUCGACGCCACUUCAAGCGCAUGCGCUUUCCGCCCUUUGACGACGAGGAGCCGCCUCUCGACUACGGCGACAACGUCCUGGACGUCGAGCCGCUCGAGGCGAUUCAAAUGCAGCUUGACGAAGAGGAAGACGCUCCCGUCAUCGACUGGCUGUACGACUCGAAGCCGCUCCAGCACGACCCGCGGUAUCUGGCCGGGCCGUCGUAUCGGCACUGGCGCCUCGAGAUCCGUCAACUGAGUGUGCUGUAUCGCCUCGCCAAUCAGCUGGUAUCGGAUCUGCAGGACAAGAACUACUUCUACCUCUUCAACUUGGAGAGCUUCUACACGGCGAAGGCGCUGAACAUGGCCAUUCCCGGCGGGCCCAAGUUCGAACCCUUGUUCCGCGACUUGCACGAGGAAGACGAAGACUGGAACGAAUUCAACGACAUCAACAAAAUCAUCAUCCGACAACAAAUCCGCACUGAAUACAAAAUCGCCUUCCCGUACCUGUACAACAACCGCCCGCGGAAAGUCGCCAUCGCCGUGUACCGAGAACCCACGUGCUCCUUUGUCAAACCGGAAGACCCGGACCUCCCCGCCUUCUACUACGACGCAAUCGUCAAUCCGCUGCCCGCCUACAAAAGUGGAUCUUCCACUACCGUUCACCAAGACUUUUCGGUGUUUGAGAACUUUGUUCUCCCGCGCGAGAUCCAGCCGCUGCUGCAGGAUGCGCCGCUGUCGACGGACACGACUGUGGACGGCAUCAUGCUGUACUGGGCCUGCCGGCCCUUCAACCUUCGCUCGGGGCGGACGCGCCGGAGCAUCGAUGUCCCGCUGGUCCAGUCGUGGUACCGGGAGCACGUCCCCACGAACUACCCCGUGAAGGUUCGCGUCUCUUACCAGAAGCUGCUCAAGUGCUGGGUGUUGAACCACUUGCACCAGCGGCCGCCCAAGUCUCUGAAGAAGAGGUACUUGUUCCGUGUCUUCAAGAGCACCAAGUUCUUCCAGUGCACCGAGUUGGACUGGGUGGAAGUCGGCCUGCAGGUUGCGCGCCAAGGGUACAACAUGCUCAACUUGCUGAUUCACCGGAAGAACCUAAACUACCUCCACUUGGACUACAACUUCAACCUGAAACCCGUCAAGACGCUCACGACCAAGGAACGCAAAAAGAGCAGAUUCGGAAACGCCUUCCACCUGUGCAGAGAAAUCCUCAGACUGACCAAACUCGUCGUCGACUCGCACGUCCAGUACCGCCUGGGGAACGUCGACGCGUUUCAGCUGGCGGACGGUUUGCAGUACACUUUUGCGCACGUGGGUCAGCUGACGGGUAUGUACCGUUACAAGUACCGUUUGAUGCGUCAGGUGCGCAUGUGCAAGGAUUUGAAGCACUUGAUUUACUACCGCUUCAACACGGGUCCGGUGGGGAAAGGCCCGGGUUGCGGGUUCUGGGCGCCUGUUUGGCGCGUGUGGCUUUUCUUCCUGCGGGGCGUCUUGCCGCUCCUGGAGCGCUGGCUGGGGAAUCUGCUGGCCCGUCAGUUUGAGGGGCGCGUGUCGAAGGGCGUCGCGAAGACUGUGACGAAGCAGCGCGUGGAGAGUCACUUCGACUUGGAGUUGCGCGCGGCCGUCAUGCACGACAUCCUCGACACGAUGCCGGAGGGCGUGAAGGCGAACAAGGCGCGCACGAUCCUGCAGCACUUGAGCGAGGCUUGGCGCUGCUGGAAGGCCAACAUCCCCUGGAAGGUCCCGGGGCUGCCGGCGCCUGUGGAGAACAUGAUUUUGCGGUACGUGAAGAUGAAGGCGGAUUGGUGGACGAACGCGGCGUACUACAACCGCGAGCGCAUUCGGCGCGGAGCGACAGUCGACAAGACAGUGUGUAAGAAGAACCUCGGCCGCCUUACCCGUCUCUGGCUGAAGGCCGAGCAAGAGCGCCAGCACGCGUACCUCAAGGACGGGCCGUACAUCACGGGUGAGGAGGCCGUGGCGAUCUACACGACGGCGGUGCACUGGCUGGAGAGCAGGAAGUUCACACACAUUCCCUUCCCGCCGCUGAACUACAAGCAUGACACGAAGCUUCUCAUUCUCGCCCUUGAGCGCCUCAAGGAGUUGUACUCGGUCAAGUCGCGGCUGAACCAGGUACAGAGGGAGGAGCUGGGCCUGAUUGAGCAGGCGUACGACAACCCGCACGAAGCGCUGUCCCGCAUCAAGCGCCAUCUCCUGACGCAGCGCGCUUUCAAGGAACUGACUCUCGAGUUCAUGGACCUCUACAGCCACCUGGUCCCGAUCUACGAGGUCGACCCGCUGGAGAAAAUCACUGACGCGUACCUCGACCAGUACUUGUGGUACGAGGCCGACGCCCGACACCUGUUCCCCAACUGGGUGAAGCCCGCCGACUCGGAGCCGCCGCCUCUCCUCGUCUACAAAUUCUGCCAAGGAAUCAACAACUUGACAGACGUAUGGAAAACCAGCGACGGCGAAGCUGUCGUCCUCCUCGAAACCAAAUAUGAAAAGGUGUACGAGAAGAUCGACUUGACGCUUCUCAACCGUCUGCUUCGGUUGAUUGUUGACCAUAACAUUGCGGAUUACAUCACGGCGAAGAACAACGUGAACAUCAACUUCAAAGACAUGAACCACAUCAACUCGUUCGGCCUCAUUCGCGGUCUGCAGUUCGCGUCCUUCGUCUUCCAGUACUACGGCUUGAUUCUCGAUCUCCUCAUCCUCGGGCUGACUCGCGCCACGGAGCUGGCCGGGCCACCAAACUUGCCGAACGACUUCCUGACCUUCACGGACGUCGAGACGGAGACUCGACACCCGAUUCGACUCUUCUGUCGAUACAUCGAUCGCUUCUGGAUCGUCUUCCGCUUCGAGAAGGAAGAGGCAAGAGACCUCGUCCAGAGAUACCUCACCGAGAACCCUGAUCCGAACAACGAGAACAUCGUCGGCUACAACAACAAAACGUGCUGGCCGAGAGACUGCCGCAUGCGAAGAAUGAAACACGACGUGAAUUUGGGUCGCGCGGUGUUUUGGGAGAUCGAGAAUCGGCUGCCGCGGAGUGUCUCUACACUAGAGUGGAGCAACUCGUUCGCGUCGGUGUACUCGAAAGACAACCCGAAUCUGCUGUUUGAGAUGUGCGGGUUCGAAGUGCGCAUUCUGCCCAAGAUCCGCACGUACACCGAGGAGUUCUCUCAGCGCGAGGGCGUGUGGAAGCUCCAGAACGAAGUGACGAAGGAGAUGGCGGCGCAAGCCUUCCUCAAAGUCGGCGACGAAGGCAUGAAACGCUUCGAAAAUCGCGUGCGGCAAAUCCUCAUGGCCAGCGGUGCAACGACCUUUACCAAGAUCGCGAACAAGUGGAACACGACGCUCAUCUCCCUCAUGACGUACUUCCGCGAAGCCGUCAUCCACACGGAGGCGCUCCUGGACCUCCUCGUCAAAUGCGAGAACAAAAUCCAAACGCGAAUCAAGAUCGGGCUGAACUCGAAAAUGCCCUCGAGGUUCCCCCCCGUCGUCUUCUACACCCCGAAAGAGCUCGGCGGCCUCGGCAUGCUCUCCAUGGGACACAUCCUCAUUCCACAGAGCGACCUGCGCUACUCGAAACAAACCGAGACGGGAAUCACGCACUUCCGCAGCGGCAUGACGCACGAAGAAGACCAACUCAUCCCCAACUUGUACCGCUACAUCCAGACCUGGGAGUCGGAGUUCAUCGAGUCUCAGCGUGUGUGGGCCGAGUACGCGCUGAAGCGCAGCGAGGCGGCGGCGCAGAAUCGGCGGCUGACUCUGGAGGAUUUGGAAGACUCGUGGGACCGCGGGAUUCCGCGCAUCAACACUCUGUUCCAGAAAGACCGACACACUCUCGCGUACGACAAAGGCUGGCGAGUGCGACAAGACUUCAAGCAGUACCAGCAGAUGAAGGCGCACCCCUUCUGGUGGACGCAUCAGCGCCACGACGGGAAACUCUGGAACUUGAACAACUACCGCACAGAUAUGAUUCAGGCUCUUGGAGGCGUCGAAGGCAUCCUCGAACACACCCUCUUCAAGGGCACUUACUUCCCCACCUGGGAAGGUCUCUUCUGGGAGAAGGCUUCCGGAUUCGAAGAGAGCAUGAAGUACAAGAAACUGACGAACGCGCAGCGGUCUGGUCUGAAUCAAAUUCCGAAUCGUCGCUUCACCCUGUGGUGGUCUCCGACGAUCAACAGAGCGAACGUCUACGUCGGUUUCCAGGUGCAAUUGGAUUUGACGGGUAUUUUCAUGCACGGCAAAAUCCCCACUCUGAAGAUUUCCCUGAUUCAAAUUAUGCGUGCCCAUCUGUGGCAGAAGGUCCACGAGUCGAUCGUCAUGGAUCUGUGUCAGGUGUUCGACUUGGAGCUGGACUCGCUGGAAAUCGAAAUGGUUCAGAAGGAAACGAUUCACCCUCGCAAGUCGUACAAGAUGAACUCGUCCUGCGCCGACAUUCUCCUCUUUGCGGCGUACAAAUGGCAGGUUUCGAAACCGUCGCUGCUUGCUGACGGCAAGGACGUUAUGGACGGCACGACGACUUCCAAAUACUGGUUGGAUAUUCAGCUGCGUUGGGGCGACUUUGACAGCCACGACAUUGAACGCUACUGCCGCAGCAAGUUCCUGGACUACACCACAGACAACAUGUCGAUUUACCCGUCUCCCACGGGAGUGCUGUUGGGCGUCGACUUGGCGUACAACCUCCACUCUGGAUUUGGCAACUGGUUCCCUGGAUUAAAGCCUCUCAUGCAACGCGCCAUGAACAAAAUCAUGAAGUCGAACCCGGCGUUGUACGUUUUGCGCGAACGCAUCCGAAAGGGCUUGCAGCUGUACUCUUCGGAGCCGACUGAGCCUUACUUGACUUCCCAGAACUACGGAGAGUUGUUCAGCAACCAGACGAUUUGGUUCGUGGAUGACACGAACGUGUACAGAGUGACAAUCCACAAGACGUUCGAGGGGAACUUGACGACGAAACCUGUGAACGGCGCAAUCUUCAUCUUCAACCCAAGAACAGGCAAGACGCGAGCCCGGCAGUUGUUUUUGAAGAUUAUUCACACGUCCGUGUGGGCGGGUCAGAAGCGUCUGACGCAGUUGGCCAAGUGGAAGACGGCGGAGGAAGUUGCCGCGUUGAUUCGUUCCUUGCCGGUUGAGGAGCAGCCGAAGCAGCUGAUUGCGACGCGCAAGGGGAUGCUCGAUCCUCUCGAGGUGCACUUGCUGGAUUUCCCGAACAUUGUGAUCAAAGGCAGCGAGUUGAAUCUGCCGUUCCAGGCGAUCAUGAAGGUGGAGAAGUUCGGGGACAUGAUUUUGAAGGCCACGCAGCCCGAGAUGGUGCUCUUCAACAUGUACGACGACUGGCUCAAGUCGAUUUCGUCGUACACGGCCUUCUCGCGUCUCCUGUUGCUCCUGCGUGCCAUGCACGUGAACACGGAGCGGACCAAGAUCAUCUUGCGGCCGAACAAGACGACGGUGACGCAGAGUCACCACAUCUGGCCGAGUUUGACGGACGAGGAGUGGAUUCACGUGGAAGUUGCGCUCAAGGACUUGAUCCUCGCGGACUACGGGAAGAAAAACAACGUGAACGUCGCGUCGCUGACGCAGUCCGAAAUCCGCGACAUCAUUCUCGGUAUGGAGAUCUCGCCGCCGUCGCUCCAGCGACAGCAAAUCGCGGAGAUCGAGGCGCAGACCAAAGACGUCAGCCAGGUGACGGCGACGACGACGCGCACGGUGAAUGCGCACGGCGACGAGAUCAUCGUCUCGACGCAGAGCCCGCACGAGCAGCAGGUUUUCAGCUCCAAGACAGACUGGCGGAUCCGGGCGAUCUCCGCGGCGUCGCUCCACCUGCGCACGCACCACAUCUACGUGAACUCGGACGACAUCAAGGAGUCGGGGUACACGUACGUGUUGCCGAAGAAUCUGCUGAAGAAGUUCAUCUGCGUGUCGGACUUGCGCACGCAAAUCGCCGCGUACUUGUACGGCGUCUCGCCGCCGGACAACGAGCAAGUGAAGGAGGUGCGCGCCAUGGUCUUCGUCCCUCAGGUCGGGAGUCACCAGACGGUGUCGCUGCCGCAGACCCUGCCGGAGCACGCGUACUUGGCGGACCUCGAGCCGGUCGGGUGGAUCCACACGCAGCCGAACGAGAACCCGCAACUCUCGCCGCAAGACGUCACGGCCCACGCGAGGAUUCUGAACGAAAACAAAACCUGGGAUGCCGCAUCCACCGUCAUCAUCACGUGCUCCUUCACCCCAGGCAGCUGCUCACUCACCGCCUACAAACUCACCCCGCAGGGGUACCAGUGGGGGAAAUCCAACAAGGACACGGGUCCGAAUCCUCAAGGGUACUUGCCCACGCACUACGAGAAGGUUCAGAUGCUGCUGAGCGACGUCUUUGUCGGGUUCUUCAUGGUGCCGGAAGGCGGACUCUGGAACUACAACUUCAUGGGCGUCAAGCACUCGCCGUCGAUGCGGUACAACCUCGUCCUCGACAUGCCGAAGGAAUUCUACCACGAGCAACACCGGCCUUCGCACUAUCUCCAGUUCACUCAGAUGGAGACGACAACAGAGACCGCCGGAGCAGAUCGAGAAGAUCUCUUUGCCUGA